AUGGAGGAGCCUGUGAGCCUGUGUCCACAGGCUACAGGCACCUCAGAGGCCCAGAGGAGGGCCCAGGGUGAGGAAGAGAAAUGUCCCAGCAAGUGGGCAAAGGGUGGACUGCAGGGAGCUGAGGAGGGGAGAGGAGUUCUCUCAUUCACAGUGCUACAGGCCAGCAGGAAAGCGGGAACCAGGGGCAAGUUUGCUGCCAUCAAGCAAGCCCAGCGCAGCUCAUCCAACAUCUUUUCCAUGUUUGAACAAGCCCAGAUCCAGGAGUUUAAGGAAGCCUUCAGCUGUAUUGACCAGAACCGUGAUGGCAUCAUCUGCAAGUCCGACCUGAGAGAGACCUACUCCCAACUUGGUAAGGUGAGCAUCCCUGAGGAGGAGCUAGAUGCCAUGCUACAGGAAGGGAAGGGCCCCAUCAACUUCACUGUCUUCCUCACACUCUUUGGGGAGAAGCUCAACGGUACAGACCCUGAGGAGGCCAUCCUGAGUGCCUUCCGGAUGUUUGAUCCCAGUGGCCAGGGGGUAGUAAACAAGGAUGAGUUCAAGCAGCUCCUCCUGACCCAGGCAGACAAGUUCUCUCUGGCUGAGGUUGAGCAGAUGUUCGCGCUGACUCCUAUGGACCUAGCAGGGAACAUUGACUAUAAAUCACUGUGUUACGUCAUCACUCAUGGAGAUGAGAAAGAAGAGUGA